AUGAAGGCUGUAGCUCUCUUCAUUUGUCUUGUAGGACCAGUUUUUGCUAUUCCAACCCAUCCUGUAAACCACAAGCUCAGAACUCACAGACAGAGAACUCCAGAAAAGAGUGAAUAUAUUCAUCUUGAAGCCUCAAAGGAAGAGAACACAGGGUAUGUAGACAAGGAGGAUUUGCUGCCCACUCACAGAAACUCAAAACCAGAGGUGUCAGUGCCAGGCACUGGAGACAGGGAUGAGCCCCAGACCAUGAGGAAACCAGGAGGAUCUGGGAGCGAGCACCAAGUGAAAAGCAGCCUGAAAAGCAUCGAUUUCCUUGCUCUGCACAAUAAAUUGGGCUUGGCUGCUGAUAGCCAGGACAGUGACUCUGGCAGCAGUGGCAGAGAACAGUCCAGCUCUGAGCACGACCAGCCCAGGAAGCACGAGAAGCACGGGAACACUGCAAACACAGGACACCCAGAGGGUGCUUUCAGCCCUCAUCACCAGCAAAACAUGUGGAAAUAUAACAAAAACGCUGUUGGCCUGUCUGAAAAAACCAGGGAAAGCGAUGAAGAGGAAAGCAUGGAAGAAGAGGAUGAGGAAUGGGGUGAAGAAACCAGCUACAGGGACACAAGGGACAAAGGCCAGCAGACACGGCGAGGGGAGAGACACAAAGGACAGCAAGAUGAGAACAGCAUGCAGGCAGAGGAACUCCUGAGAGAUUCCAGCCAACCCACCUGGAACACCAAGAGACACAGCCAGAAAUUUGACCCAGAGGAAGAAGAGAGGGAGAACGGGAAGAGGAAGUCCCAUGAAGAAAUCCCCUUCUCUCAAAAAACCCAUAAUGAAUAUCAGGAUGGCAAACAGCAAAGUCAAGAGAGAAUAGACAAUAUUCAAGUGGAUUAUCAGGGUGAUCAUGACACAGUGGUGAAAAUACAGGAUAGGGAAGACAGUGAUGAUGAUGAUGAUGAUGGUCACGACCGUGGUGACAUUGAUGGUGAGGAAUAUGUCAGCAAUGCCUGGAAAGAAGCAGCUUAUGAGGAGGAGGAGAGAAUCCAGAGUAACGACCAGGAGAGCACCAGCACUGAGCCUGAAGGGGAAGGAGCCACUGAAGAUGACACUGCAGCUCACAGGGAGACUGAGGAUUACCAAAUUGUCAAGAUUAAAGACCUUGCUCGCUUUGAGCAAGAUUAUUAUGAUCAUGAGCCACCUGAUUCUGACAACAAACAACUGAAAAUGAGUAGCUCUGUUCAGAACAUGAAUUCAAUGGACAGUGAAGAUAAGGUUAAGACUACAGGCAGCUCCCAUGGUGAGAUGGAAAGUGGCAGCAGCAGGAAUGAGGAGGUUCUCCUUGGAUUGCCAGACACGUGUCAGAACUUCCACUGCAAAAGAGGCAAAGUCUGCCGUGCAGACAAACAAGGGAAACCUCACUGCAUCUGCCAGGACCCUGCUGCCUGCCCUCCCACCAAAGACUAUGAGCAUGUCUGUGGCACGGAUAACAGGACUUAUGAUGGCACAUGUCAGCUUUUUGGUACCAAAUGUCAACUGGAAGGGACAAAAAUGGGACGCCAGCUGCACCUAGACUACAUGGGCUCCUGCAAAUACAUCCCCCCCUGUACUGAUUAUGAAGUGCAUCAGUUUCCCCUCCGGAUGCGAGACUGGCUUAAGAACAUCCUCAUUCAAUAUUACGAACGUGACCUGAACACUUCUGGGAUUCUAACUGAAAAGCAAAGGAACAAGGUCAAAAAGAUCUACCAGAACGACAAGCGCCUUGUGGCUGGUGACCACCCGCUUGAGCUGCUCCUGCACGACUUUGACAAAAAUUACCACAUGUAUGUGUAUCCUGUGCACUGGCAGUUCCACCAGCUUGAUCAGCACCCUGUUGACAGGUUGUUAACACACUCAGAGCUGGCGCCCCUGAGAGCCUCCCUGGUGCCCAUGGAACACUGCAUCACCCGUUUCUUCCAGGAGUGCGACGCAGACCACGACAAACUCGUCGCUUUGAAGGAAUGGUGCCACUGCUUUGGGAUCAAGGAAGAGGACAUAAAUGAAAAUCUCCUUUUCUGAGCCCAGCUGAACAGACUCCCAAUACUGCACUAAAACUGGUGAAUCCUGCUUACUUCUAUAAAUAACAGCCUAAUAGCUUCCAAGAAAAAGGUGGAAUAAGGUUCACUGAAUUCUCAUCAAACAACCCAAGUGCAGAAAAUUUCUACAUUUAUUAACAGCAGAAAAAAAUAGCUACUUCAAAUGGUUCAUAGCUAAACAACCAGUGUCUCCCCCCACAUGUAUCCAUGAUCUUUCUGAAGCAAUAAAUACUACUAACCUAAGAACUAAGCUGUUCACAAAACUCUUCAGUAGAAUUAUAGAAUGUAGAUUUUACCACCCACUGAAAUGGAACCUGUUUCCUUUAUUUACUGUAUUUUCAGCCUAACACUCUGCAUAGAAAAUAAAAUAGAAGUCUACUUGGAUAUAUUGGUUUUGUCACAACUUUGUCAAAGAAAAUUCUGUUUCUUUCACCUUUGCCCAUUUUUUUCUCACCUCAAGAGAGGCACAAUUUAAGCAUAAAAAAAACAGGACAGGAUGAGAUUAUUCCUGAAUCCCCAUAAAUUUGUGACUUUAAGCCAAACAUUUCAGGGAAAACACUCCAGGCAUGUUCUGCUUUAAGGAAAAAGCCCCAGAUGCUAUUCCUACAAAGAAUGAUCAGCAAACACCUUUCACCUGAACCAUGUCACCUCUCCAAAGAAAAAAACGGAGUCAAAUGCUACUUUGGUAGCUUAAAUACUGGAAAUCCCAUCACUCCCUGCAAAUUUACCCUUGAACCAGCAAAGGCUGAUAAUUGUGGAAAAGGAGAAAGCCCUAAAGCCAUUCAUCAGUUAAGCAGGAUGUGGAUAAAGUCUCAGCAGUGCCACCACACUGUCACACAAGGUCAUUCCAGACCGUGGACAUUUAUCACCACCUUACUUCAACACAUGGAUCAAAAUUCCAGAAGUCCUCAGGUUUCAACAUCACCUUUCAGAUGUCACUAAUUACUGAGAAUAGACAAUUAACACCCAUUGAUUAAACACACAGGAUGAAAUGUCAGCCUCUGUUAGCAGCAUAAAUGAAUUGAAGGCCCCCAUCAGCUCACAUCACCUGAAGGGUAAGAACCAGCACAAUUUACAGGAUUAUACUUUAAAGCUGCUCUUUCCAGUUAUUCUGUUUAUGCUGCAGUCUCCACAACAGCCCUAAGCUGUCAGAAGAAAAAGAACCUCAAAAUUCAGCUCCUCAAAUCA